GAGCAGCCAUGGAGGAGUUGGUGGUGAUUCAGCCUCAGAUAUCAGUUUCUGUCUCUCCAGGAGAGUCAGCCACUCUGAACUGCACUGCGACAACCUGGCUCCCUCUGGGAUCCAUUGUGUGGCACAGGGAUGCAGGGCAAGGUCGGCAACUUAUCUAUAGUUUCCCAGGAGAGGUGUUCUCCAGAAUCACCAAUGUUACAGAUACUUCAAAGAGGAAGAACAUGGAUUUUACUAUCCGCAUCAGUAAUGUCAUACCCACUGAUGCUGGUACCUACUACUGUGUGAAGAUCCGAAAAGCAAUAGUUGAUGAGGAGUUUCAGUCUGGACGAGGCACAGUGUUGUAUGUCCUGGGAUGGGCUCGCAAAGAGCUGAAGGUGAUUCAGCCUGAGGAAUCAGUUUCUGUCUCUCCAGGAGAGUCAGCCACUCUGACCUGCACUGUGACCUCACUGCUCCCUGUGGGACCCAUUGUGUGGUACAGGAAUGCAGGGCAACAUCGGCAACUUAUGUAUAGGUUCUCAGGAGAGUCAUUCCCCAGAAUCACAAAUGUUACAGAUGCUUCAAACAGGAAGAACAUGGACUUUUCCAUCCGCAUCAGUAAUGUCACACCCGCUGAUGCUGGUACCUACUACUGUGUGAAGAUACAAAAUUCAGCAGUUGACGAGGUCUUUAAGUCUGGGGGAGGCACAAUGUUGUAUGUGCAUGAAGCACGCCCGGAGGAGCUGAAGGUGAUUCAGCCUGAGAAAUCAGUUUCUGUCUCUCAAGGAGGGUCAGCCACUCUAACCUGUGCUGUGAACUCCCUGCUCCCUGUGGGACCCAUUGUGUGGUACAGGAAUGCAGGACAACAUCGACAACUUGUGUAUAGGUUCUCAGGAGAGCCAUUCCCCAGAAUCACAAAUGUUACAGAUACUUCAAACAGGAAGAACAUGGACUUUACCAUCCACAUCAGUAAUGUCACAUACACCGAUGAUGGUACCUACUACUAUGUGAAGCUCUGA